GUAGUAGGAAAUCACAACCUAAAGCAACCCACCUCUUUCUCUUCCGAUAGACCUGAGUGUCUGAUCCCAGAUUCCGCCCCUCCACUCCCCCCCCUCCAAACACAGGGAGCAUCUGCGCUCUGCCAGGAAAGCCUGACAUAGGGGCUGAUUGUUCAGCAGCAGAGCAAGGAGAGUGGGAAAGGGGAUAGUGCAGGGGCUCCAAAAUUCACCUUAUUCCCUCUGACCACAGGGAUAUUACAGUCACCGGUGUCCCAGAGGAAUGGGGGAGUGAGUUGCACAAGGUAGUGAGAGACCUCUCCUCGACGUCAUGCAGUCCUUCCGAGAGCAAAGCAGUUAUGGCAGCCAGCAGACGUAUCCUCCGGAAGCUCACGGCUCCUCCAGGCUGGAAGAGUAUAGCCCAAGACAGCAGGCUCAGAUAUUCCAGGGAAACUAUGGAGGACGUCGAGGAGGGUCAAGCACUCCUACCACAAUUCCAGCUGGAGAAACUUCAAGUAUUCAGAGCUACCAGUCUUACAGAAAAGAAUCUGGGGAUUUUUAUUAUUUGGCUAACAAAGAAGGAGGUACACCUGCAAGCCAGACACCACAGAGACGGCCAUCUGGGCCAGUGCAAAGCUAUGGUCCUCCUCAAGGAAACAGCAGCAGCGGUACAAACUUUAGCACACCCUAUGGAAGAGAGGGACAUCACAGCCAGUUUGCUAACCAGCAUUCAGCAGCAGGCAAUCUCUCCCAGUACUCACAGGACUUUCCAAGUUCCUUUUCUCCUGGUGGUAGCCAGUACCCAUCUCUUGUCACUAACCAGCAGUUGAGGCAGCAGCUUUAUCAGUCACACCAAUCCCUGUCUCAGUCUGGGAACCCACCAACAUCUGCAGGUUCCCCACAUCUACAGCAGAUGCAGCGUUCCACUGCUCUCAGUUCCCCUGCUGGAUACCAGUUACGAAUGGGACAAUAUGGACAACACUAUCAGCCUCCUCCUGGCUCCUCUUCUAGCUCUUUUACUUCUUCACAGAGAUUUGGUCAGACUGGUCCAAACUAUGAGGGUUACAGUCCUGGAGGGUCUAGUUCUACAUAUGAGAGCCAUAUGUCUGGGUCAUCAUAUGGAACACAGCAAGGAUUUAGUAGUUAUGCCAGCCAGCACAUGAAAGGCUUUGAAACAUCUAAAUUGCCACAGAAUGUUGGGCAGGGACAGUCACAGCAACAGACUUCUCAUGUCAUGCAGUACUCCAAUUCUUCUAAAAUACCCCUUCAAAGCCAGGCAGGACAAUACAGUCAGUCUGAAGUCCCAGUACGCUCUCCUAUGCAGUUCCAACAGAAUUUCAGUCCUAUCUCAAAUCCCUCCCCUGCUGCCUCGGUUGUACAAUCUCCAAGCUGUAGCUCCACUCCCUCACCUCUGAUGACAAGUGGAGAAAACCUCUCAUGUGGUCAGGGUAAUGUGCCUCUGUCAUCCAGAAACCGUAUUUUGCAGAUGAUGCCACAGCUAAGUCCUACGCCUCAUGGUGGAGGCUAUAAAGGAUUUGGUGUUGAAGGGCCUCCUGAAAAACGACUGACUGACCCAGGUUUAAGUAGCCUAAGUGCUUUGAGCAGCCAGGUUGCAAAUCUACCCAACACAGUUCAACACAUGCUGCUUUCAGAUGCCCUGGCGCCUAACAAGAAGAGUGGGAAGCGAACAUCUAGAAAGGCUGACAGCUGUGCUAACUCAGAAACAUCUUCCCAAGCUGAAGAACAGCUUAAAUCUCCAAUGGCAGAGUCACUAGAUGGCAGCUGUUCUAGCAGUUCAGGAGAUCCAGGUGAAAGGGUAAGGCAACUCAGUGGGCAAAGCACAAGCUCUGAAGCUGGUUACAAGGGACCUUCUUCCGUAAAACCAGCUUCUCCUGCACAAGGGUGGUCAACUGAUCUUUCUGAAAAACCACAAGUGCAAGAGGUAGAAAACCUUCCAGAACCCACAGAGACCUUUCAGGAAGCAUCCAGAGUGAGUGAGAAAUCGGUGGGUGUCAUAGUAGCAAUGGAGACUGUAGCCACCAGGUCAGAGAAGGUCGCAGAUGAAUCUCCAACACUAGAUAAUGAUGAAGUUGAAAUAACAUCACAGCCAGAGGUGCCUGAAACUGUUAAAGAUGAUGAUAAUAUCAAGGAAUGCACCCCCGACCAGAAUGGAGAACCUAGCGAUGCUGAUUCUCAGCCUGUAUCUAUCACAGCAAGUAGUGCUUCUAGAACAGAAGCUAAAUCUCCUGUAGGUUCUGAGUUUGGGUUUAAAGAAGGAGGAACAAGCACCAGAAAUGACAACAACUUGCCUCAGCAUGUUAAAACUGAUACAGAGGGGUCUGGGGAACAGGGUGAGAGGAAACCAGGAACAGGAAGGAAUGAUAAAUAUCCUAGCCUCCUGCAGGAAGUCCUGCAAGGGCAUCAUCAGCAGGAAAGAAGGUAUGCAAGAAACACACAAGACCCCCCACCAGUUACUGGAAGUGUUGAAGUUAGUUUGAGACCAAAUAUACUCAUGAGCCAGGCCAGUGAGUUACCUAACCGUAACAUCCUUGGUAAAACACUUGCCCCUCAUUUAGAAACACCUAAUUGGGGUCCCUGGGAUAGAAAGUCAACUCCUGAUGGCAAACCGUUAAAUGUAACAGAUUAUCCUGCAAGGAAAUUUGAGGUGGACCCUCCAGCCUCCUCCCAGGAAUCUAGUGGCGUCCCUUCUGAAAGACGAUCUGUAAUAUGCGAUAUCUCUCCACUGAGGCAGCUUGUGCGAGACUCUACUACUUCUCAUCAUGUUGGCCCUGGACAAGAAAGAUCAGCUGAUGGAAGAUCUGGACAGUCUGUAAUCCUACCUAGUGGGAUGAUAGCUUUAGAUGCAAAGUCAAGCAACCAAGGGGGAACGCCUAAAGAACAAGACACAGAAGCAACAAAGAUGCAUAGAAAAAGAACUGCAGAUCACUGCAUGCCAUACAGCACCAAAGAAUCUGCUAGGGGUAAUGCCAGCCCAAGAUCCAUGACCUUUGAUCCAACCCAGGAAUUUAGUCCACAUAAUAGCAGAGGGCCUCAUCCCAGAAGGGGAACUGCCAGAGUUGGAGCCCGUGGCAGGUCACCUGUACAGGAUCUUGGUGACAAACUGAAGAUGUCGCCAGGGAGAAGCAGAGGACCAGCAGAAACUCAUCACAUGAAUCCAGCAAUGAGCCUCUCCGAAAGAGCAAGUAGAGAAGCGUUCUACUCUGCUUUUUUUCAGAAUGCUGAUAAUGCUUCUUUGGGUUAUCAUUCAAACUCUAGAUCAAGCUCCUAUGGAGAACCUCACCCAUCGUUUUCAUCUCCUCUUCAUUAUAAGAGACCAGUGUACCAACAGGAGGAAUUUAAAGAAUGGCUGGGAAGCUCUGCUCAAGCUAUACUUUCUGCUUCACAGCAUCGACAAGAAAUGCAACGUAAAAGCCCAAGGCAGGAGCAGUUUCAUGUUCGUAGUCCAGGAAGGAGUGAGCAUGAGGUAAUGGCUUACAACCAGCCAGGUGCAUAUCAUGAUUCUGGCAGUCUAGAAUAUGGUCGACAGCUGCGAGUUGGCGAUGGAGGACCCACCAAUUUGAUAGCUCUAGAACUUAAAAGAAAUGCUCAAAAAACACCACCAGUGGAAUCUACUAACUGGAACAUGGGCCGUCAGGCUUCUCCUGCCAAAAAACUUGGGUCCCCUGUAGGGGCAAACCAAAAGCCCUUUAGUCCUGGUAGGGAAACUGAAACAUUUGCCCACAGAUCAGGGGAAGGAACCGAGAUCUCCAAGCCCGGAUGCAAUGCCCAUAGAGCUCAAGGUGCAGAGGAACAAUCACACCACAACCCUCUUAUUAUGAGAAGACGGGUACGUUCUUUUAUCUCUCCAAUUCCCAGCAAAAGGCAGCCUGGUGAUGACAAAGGGCGCCUCCCUAUUUCAGGAAAAGAAACUUCAGACAGAGCAUCUAUGUCACAGGUUUUAACUUCUAGGAGCAAAGAAAGUGGUUUUUCCUCUAUGGCAGAUGAGCCCCCCAAGGGUGGCCCUGAACAGAAAAGCCCAUCAGCUGUAUCCCUUUCUAGUCCAUCCAAGACAAAAAUCCUUCCUCCGCGCAAAGGGAGGGGUCUGAAACUAGAAGCUAUUGUACAAAAAAUAACUUCACCUAAUGUUCGGCGGAUUUCAGCACCGAGUAGUGCAGAAAGUGCAGCUGAAACUGUAACACUAGAUGAUAUCCUCGCUCUAAAAAUCAAGGGCCCAGAGAGUGGAAAUGGAUCCAUGCAAGAAGCAGAAUUGCCUGGAGUUAUUGUACCAGAAAUCUCUUGUGGUGAAGGGAAAAGUGCAAAAAGCCUGUCUCCCAAGUCACUUGAUGUCUGGGCCCAUGAUGAAAAAAAGAUCAAAACUGAAAUGGAGGAGCAGUCAAUGGAACCCAAAGACUUAUCAGUGUCUGGGCUUCCAGCACAACCAUCUAACCAUUAUAUGGAAGGAAAAGUUACAUCUCCAGCCUUGGAACCAAAAUGUGUUUUACCCCAGGUGCAGCAGCAUGAAAAUGUAGAAAAUGAGAAACUUGCAGGUACACCUUGUAAUGUUACUCCAAAACAAGAAUUCAUACCUCCAAAAGGUUACUUCCCAUCUGGAAAGAAGAAAGGGCGUCCUAUUGGUAGUGUCAACAAGCAAAAGAAACAGCAACAACAACAACAGCAGCAGCAGCAACAACAACAGCAGCAACAACAAGAACAGCAGCAACAACAAGAACAGCAGCAACCACAAGAGCAGCAACAGCAGUUGUUGCAAGACCAUCAGCAGCCACCAUCAACUCUCCCACCAGCCCCAAUGUCUGCUCUCCAGCCACAGCAUUUAGAUGAGCAGAACUCUGAGGCAGAGCCUAAACCUAAAAGGAGGAGGAGAGAAAGAAGAAAACCUACCGGAGCCCCAAGAAGAAGGGGGAAACAAGCUGCCCCUAUAGUUGCCCCUAUAGAGCCAGAAAUCAAACUUAAGUACGCCACCCAAAAUUUAGACAAGACUGAGACCAAAAUGAAAUCUUUUAUUCCUUACAUACAUGUGGAAAAUAAAGAGGAGCUAGGCUUAGCUUGUGUCAUCAUCAACGCUGAAGAGGAAGAACAGCGCUGGAAAAAAAUAACAUCAGUUCGCAAAGGUCAGCGAUCUGCUUCCCCUCAACCUAGCACGGAUAGUAAAGCACUUCCUUCAUCUAACUUCAUGGUACAAGGGCCAGCUGUCACAGAGUCUGCUACCAUGGGUCACCUUGUUUGCUGUCUUUGUGGUAAGUGGGCUAAUUACAGGAAUUUGGGAGAUUUGCUUGGCCCAUUCUACACCCAAGAAUAUGCAUCUACACUUUCUAAGAAUCCCCCACCCAAAAAAUCAUCAGAGACUCCUCGAAAAGUUAAAGUUCGUCACAAAGACACUUCUGAUGGUUCUAAGACUGACUCUGAUGAAGAGGAGGAAGAUGAACCGCAGCAAGCACGAGAACAACGUAGCCUAACUGCUCACCCUCGCUACAAACGUCGGAACCGUUCAGGAGAUUGUACCUCCUCCAGACUUCCUGUACCUUCCCGCAGGAAGACCACUGACCUUUCUGAACUAACUCCCAUGGACUCUAGUGGGCCAUCCACAGCUGAGGCAGGCCCUGAGCAAGGCGUUCAGAUCCCCCAACUACCUCUCGACAGCAAUGAAUUUUGGAUGCACGAGGGGUGUGUCUUAUGGGCCAAUGGUGUGUACUUUGUCUGUGGCAGAUUAUAUGGUCUUCGAGAGGCUGUUGACAUUGCACGAGACAUGAAAUGUACACACUGCCAGGAGACUGGAGCCACAUUGGGCUGCUACAACAAGGGUUGUGCCUGCUGCUAUCACUUCCCAUGUGCCAUGGACUCAGAAUGUUUACUAAGUGAGGAGAACUUCUCUGUACGCUGCCCCAAGCACAAGACCAAGCCAGUAAAGGGUGUUUCAUCAGAACAGCCUGAGCAGGGCUGAGGGGGGAAAUAUGUCCUAAAGUUGGAAAUAAUAUUCAAGCACAGGUAAAGCUAUUUAGAUAAAGUGGAAUCAUCACACAGGAGUGAAGUGAAGCUCUUUUCUCCCUUCUUUGGGCGGACAUCACCUUCUCUUGGGAUUCUUCCGACUUGGCUGCAAGCAUUUCCUUCAUGGACUCAUGACAUCACCUCAGAAUUGUGACAUCAGGAAGUGACCUCACAGUCUAAAAA